GUAUAUGAACCAAACCUCAUAGCCUAAAUUUUAGAGAGGUUUUUCUAAAGAUUUUAAAGCCUUUCUUGAUUAAAAUUACAGGCUUUGGGGUUUCCAUAGACCUGAUAUCCUUUCUGGAUGCUAUGGGUAAUUGAAAUAUAUAUCAAUCUAGAGGAGCAGACACUAGACCUACUUAAAAACCAUCAAAAAUACCAAUUAUAUUUAUUCAUGGAAAUAGCGAUGUGGCAGUAGGAGAUGGAAGCUAUGGAAUUUAUAUUACAGGAUUUAGCUCACAGAUUGAAUAUUUUUUAAGUCAAGGAUAUGAGAAAUAAGAUUUAUAUGCUACCACUUGGGGAGAUGCUGACCCUACUACAGCAAGUCUCAAUUAUCAUUCUGAGAACUAUCUUAAAUACAACAGAGCAUUUGUUGAGGCUGUUUUAGAAUACACAAAAUCUCCUUACGUCAAUAUUAUUUCUCAUUCUAUGGGUGUAACUUUAGCCAGAAAAAUCAUCAAAGGUGGAACUGGUCACGAUGAAUUGGGUAGUGGUAGAUAUGAUCUAGGGGAUCCUCUUACUUCAAAAGUCAAAAUAUUUGUUGGGUUAGCAGGUGGAAAUUAAGGGUUAAGUUCUUGUUAUACUUCUGGUUCAACUUUACCUACUUGUGGCAUGACUAAUGGUUUCUAUCCAGGAUAACCACCAUUUGUUGGAAGAUCCACAUUCUUAGAAGAAUUGGAUUCUAAUCCAGCAAAAGAAGGAAAAUAUGUUGUAACAGGUAGAGCCAAUUAUGAUGAAAUUAUUGGAGGUAAUAAUCUUGUUUGGGGAAAAUAUACAACUAGAAUAAAAAAUGAAAAUGAAGAGAUAGUCUUUAGUAAUUCAAAUAUAGGUCACUUUGGAUUAAGAGAUGAGGCUGGGCCUUAGAUUUACUAAAUCUUUAAAAAAUAAGGAGCUAUAAAUUAAUGAA